AGUGAAGGCAGCGAACACUAGACACACACACACACACACUCACUCGCUCUCACACACACUCCGAGGCGCUUUCAGCCGACAUGGGCCAGCUACUGACCUGGAUCCGAGGCCCCCGGGACGGCCAGGCCCUGCAGGACGUGUCCGUGGAGCAGCAGUCGCAGCCGAGCCGGGACACACCCAAACCGGCAGCUCAGGUCUCCGGCGUGAAACUUGCAGCGUUCGAGAAGGCGGCGCCAGGAUCCGGCCUGAAGCCUCGGGUGGUCACCGCCACGUCGAGCCCGGUCGCGGCGGCGGGAAGCACUGCGGUUGGGAUGGCGGGAAAAGCCAAACCGGAGACCACCGCUCCACCGGCGAGCGCGACCGUUAUUGACAUGUUGUCAGCCGGGGCGACCUUUGUUGAGAUGGGGUCAUCUGGGCCGAGGGGCGGUCCCAAAGAGACGAAGAGCGCCGCCGCCACCACGACCGUCAGAGCCGAUGUGCACAAGGUCGCCCCCGCGGUCGAGGCUGCGGGCGCGUCCGUGCGCGGGAAGAAGGAGGCCGCACCAACCAAGGUGCAGGUGGAGGUUCCUCCCGCCGCAGCCAGAGGAGCCCCGGAGGUGGACCCGUUCGACGCCCUCGCCAGCAUCCUGCCGUCGGCCGACAGCAUCGCGCCCCGGCAGCCCGUGUACACGGGGCCAGAGGUCACAGAGCUUAACGUCACCUCUGAGAAAGGCCACAAGACCGGCGAGCUGGACAUCACGCUGCCACCGGGCUACAGAUUUGAAGACAUGUCUCCAGUUCCUGCAGAUUACAAACCCACGGACCUCCCGAAACCGAUGAGCUCCGGCGAGGCCCUGGAUUCUCUUUCAGAUGCGUUCAUGACGUCAUCAUCUCCAGCUGCAUCCCAGAGGCCAGAGAAACCAAUGAGCUCCGGCGACGCCCUGGAUUCUCUUUCAGAUGCGUUCAUGACGUCAUCAUCUCCGACUAAACCCCAGAAGCCAGAGAAACCAAUGAGCUCCGGCGACGCCCUGGAUUCUCUUUCAGAUGCGUUCAUGACGUCAUCAUCUCCGACUAAACCCCAGAAGCCAGAGAAGAAGGAUUCCUUCGCCGGCGUCAGCGCCUCGUCGGCCGGCCCCGCCAACUUCGCCCCGCCCCCCGUGAAGACCGCGAGGCCUCCAGCGGAUAAGAAAGCCAAGAUGGAGGCGGCCGCGUGUGAUUUCUCCCUGAUGUCCGCCAUGGAUGCCAAAGUGGACACCAAGCCCGAGACCGGCGAGGGCGACGCCAUGUCUCUGGACGCUCUCAGCGCGCUCUGUGACACGCUGCCGGAGGACACGCCCAGACCAGAACUCCCCGAGCUCAGACCCGAGGACGUGGUGUCGGAGGACAAACACACGAAGGAGAAAGGAGUGUUGGUGGGAGAGAGGGAGGACUCCAUCCCUCCAGAAUACAGGUCCAAAGAGGAGGAACUCAAGAAGCUGCCUGCUCCAGAACCCGAGCCCACCAUGUGUCCCGGUGAAGCUCUGGACAUCUUGUCCGGAGGCUUCGUGACGUCUUCCUCGGCUCCGGCCGCCUCCCCCUCCGCUCCUCCUGCUCAGACCAAAAUAGAGGAUUUGAAGGCGCUGGAUCUACUGGAAGACGUUGUGGCUCCAACUAAAGUGUCUGGAGUUCAGGCACCGGCCCCCCCCCCUGCCAAGAAGACCCCACAGAGCACGGUGUGUCCACCGGGGGCGCCGCGAGUGAAGCCCGAGCCCGACAAGCCCACCAUGGGUACCGGGGAGGCUCUGGGCCUCUUGUCCAGUGACCUCAUGACCCCUUCAGUGGCGCCUGCUGUCCAGGCUCCUCCUGUAAAGAAAGCCCCCGUGGCCGUGUGCCCCCCCGCCGGUAAGAAAGCCAAGGUGACCAAAAAGGAAGAUGACUUCUCUCUGGAGGCCGGCCUGGACAUCCCGACCAUCACGAAAGUGGAGCCCGCUCUAUCCUCGUGUCUCGCCUCUCCGGUCCAAACGGGGAAAGCCGCCGCGGGAAAGGACGCCGCUGACGGCCGGCGGGAGCCGGAGAAGGGCGACGCCAUGUCUCUGGACGCUCUCAGCGCGCUCUGUGACACGCUGCCGGAGGACACGCCCAGACCAGAACUCCCCGAGCUCAGACCCGAGGACGUGGUGUCGGAGGACAAACACACGAAGGAGAAAGGAGUGUUGGUGGGAGAGAGGGAGGACUCCAUCGCUCCAGAAUACAGGUCCAAAGAGGAGGAACUCAAGAAGCUGCCUGCUCAAAAACCCGAGCCCACCAUGGGUACCGGGGAGGCUCUGGGCCUCUUGUCCAGUGACCUCAUGACCCCUUCAGUGGCGCCUGCUGUCCAGGCUCCUCCUGUAAAGAAAGCCCCCGUGGCCGUGUGCCCCCCCGCCGGUAAGAAAGCCAAGGUGACCAAAAAGGAAGAUGACUUCUCUCUGGAGGCCGGCCUGGACUUCCCGACCGUCACGAAAGUGGAGCCCGCUCUAUCCUCGUGUCUCGCCUCUCCGGUCCAAACGGGGAAAGCCGCCGCGGGAAAGGACGCCGCUGACGGCCGGCGGGAGCCGGAGCAGGGCGACGCCAUGUCUCUGGACGCUCUCAGCGCGCUCUGUGACACGCUGCCGGAGGACACGCCCAGACCAGAACUCCCCGAGCUCAGACCCGAGGACGUGGUGUCGGAGGACAAACACACGAAGGAGAAAGGAGUGUUGGUGGGAGAGAGGGAGGACUCCAUCGCUCCAGAAUACAGGUCCAAAGAGGAGGAACUCAAGAAGCUGCCUGCUCCAGAACCCGAGCCCACCAUGGGUACCGGGGAGGCUCUGGGCCUCUUGUCCAGUGACCUCAUGACCCCUUCAGUGGCGCCUGCUGUCCAGGCUCCUCCUGUAAAGAAAGCCCCCGUGGCCGUGUGCCCCCGCCGUAAGAAAGCCAAGGUGACCAAAAAGGAAGAUGACUUCUCUCUGGAGGCCGGCCUGGACUUCCCGACCGUCACGAAAGUGGAGCCCGCUCUAUCCUCGUGUCUCGCCUCUCCGGUCCAAACGGGGAAAGCCGCCACGGGAAAGGACGCCGCUGACGGCCGCCGGGAGCCGGAGCAGGGCGACGCCAUGUCUCUGGACGCUCUCAGCGCGCUCUGUGACACGCUGCCGGAGGACACGCCCAGACCAGAACUCCCCGAGCUCAGACCCGAGGACGUGGUGUCGGAGGACAAACACACGAAGGAGAAAGGAGUGUUGGUGGGAGAGAGGGAGGACUCCAUCCCUCCAGAAUACAGGUCCAAAGAGGAGGAACUCAAGAAGCUGCCUGCUCAAAAACCCGAGCCCACCAUGUGUCCCGGUGAAGCUCUGGACAUCUUGUCCGGAGGCUUCGUGACGUCUUCCUCGGCUCCGGCCGCCUCCCCCUCCGCUCCUCCUGCUCAGCCUUCUACAAACUUCGUUCUGAACGCCUUGGCUCCGGACUUUGUUUGUUCCUCCAAAGCGUCGACGGUGAAGUCCUCCGUUAACGUUCCCUCACAAUGUUCCCCGGAGCUUUCAGCCAGCGGCGCCCUGGACGCUCUGGACCUCCUGUCGGACACCUUGAACGACAUCAGCCCCGCCCCCCAGCCCGCCCCGCCCGCCGCCAAGGACAUGGUCAAGGAGAAGAAGGCCGUAGAGGAGCGGCUCAUUAAAAUGGGCGAGAGAGACGACUCGCUGCCGGCCGAGUAUCGACCCACCGAGGAGGACCUGAAGAAAAUGGCCGAAGCGAAGGCCGAAGCAGCCGCGGCGCCCAAGGAGAAGUCGAUGGACGAUAAAACCGCCCUCGACCUGCUGUCCAGUGACUUCGGUGCUGCACCCGCCGCUGCACCUGCCGCCACGAAGCUGCAGCCUCCCGUGCUGGACUCCGAGCCCCUGAAGCCCAUGGCGGGCGCCGUUCUGGAGACGCUGUCCGGCACUUUGCUCCCGGACCACAUGGAGCUCAAGACCGACAAACCAAAGGCCAAGAGCAAGUCCAAGUCUAAAAAACCACAGGCGGAGGAGCCGCCCGCCACCGAGCAGUUCCCCGCCGCCCCACGGAGCGCCGACGUCGUGCCAAAGUCGACAAAGAAGGGGGGGCGGAGCUAGACCCUCUGGGUCGUCCUGGGAGCGGCUUCCUGGAUCGUCACUCUAUUUUUCUAAAUCAUCAAGAAUGUAUAGUUGAUCAACAAAAAAGACAAGACCUAGAUAUAUAUAGACACAUAACGCUUGCUCACACACACACACACACACACACACACACGGUGCCUUUUCUGCUCGGUUUCACAUGUAGUUUACGGAUGAAAAGGUUUCGGUUGACGUCUUUGGAGAAUUUUUAUUUUUUUUAAAGACUUUUAAAACGAGGUGGAGAAUGAAAGUGUGAGUGAAGAGGGGGUCGGAGGGCGGGGCUGUGAAGAAAGAGCAGUUUAGGUGAACGCGGUUGUGUGGUAACCGUGGUAACCGCCAGCUUUCAGCACAAAGUGAGCGUGCAGCAGCGGGAUGUUCGUGCAAUCUCGACGAAAGCCAAGUUUUCUCUCCCGAUGCGGUCGACGCCGGCGCGCCGCUCAGUUCGAGCAUCUUGUGGACGACGUGUAGUUUGCAUAAUUAAAUGCGCGUUGGAUUUUGCAGCAGGUGUUCUGCUUUCAUAAAAUUCUGCGUCUUGAGAUUCUUUUUGGCGAACGUCUUUCUCUUCCAGUCACGAUCCGUUGGCGCCCGAAAAGAACUCACUUUGUUUGUAUGCUGGAUAAAAAAAGAAAGAAAAGAUGUUGUUUUGCUCUACAUGAGACGACACUGUCAUUUUACAGAUGGCUUUCUGCAAAAGUCAAAAAAAAUCUAUAUAUACUGUCGCCAAGUUUUUUUUUUGUGGGUGUGAGUCAAAAGAUCUGAGAAGUAUUUUAAAUGUGGGAAUGCUGAUUUAAAUAAAGAACUGAACAUUUGAACGGUGUGUGGUUGCGCUACGACGUCGUGGCCGGUUUCUACAAUCGGUGCCGGUGUUAUUCACAAAAGCUGCCUUAAUUUGUGCAACAAAAAAAAGAUGGAUGAAUGCAGUGAAUUAAUAAACGUUGUUUUUCAAGAGGUGUGAGGGAAGUGUGUAAAUUGUGUGAGUUUAUUAAAUUGAACGGGAACAUAA